AAACAUAGAUAUGGACACACAUAUAUAUGUAGAUAAGUAUUUUAAAAAGGUCUUUAAAAAUUUACAUAGUUCUGAAUCGCUUUUUGGUACAAGACGGGAUUAACUAAUUUUUUUUAAUCAAAUUUAUUAUAAUAAUUUACAUGUUUUUAACAUAGAAAUGUCAACAAAAUCUUUAGCUUCAGUGUAAAAAUUUUUCCAUGCCACAGAUCACAGAUUUUGUAUAAAAGCGAGAGAAAUGCACUCAGAAUGGGUAGUACAUUUUUGGAAAGAUGCAGUGGAGCAUAGUUUUUUGCCUACCUUUGGCGCUUUCAGUUGCCUUUGUGGUUGCACUAGACAACAACUCCUUCAAUGAAAAGCAUACCCAGGCAGAUGUUGCUAAAGAGGCUAUAGCAGAGCGAGCAGUAGUAAAAAAGGAUUUGGAUAAAUUAACUGAAAAGGAACAAAAACAAGUGGAAAGUAUAGCAAAUACCAUCUCCAAAGUGGAGACAGACAACGCAAAAGCUGAAUCUGCGAGUGAAGCACCAGCUGAAACAGUUACCGUGGAAGCACGGGCACAAGAAGAAGUCAAGAACGCCCGCCAACCGACUAAGGCCUCCAACACCGUUUUGGAAUCUACAGCCGCAAGCUCCUGUGAAACUAACCCUACCAAAGGAGAGCAGCAUGCGCAUCAUAGAGAGCAGUUGCCUGGAACAGCCAAAUUUCAUGGUGGCGGCAAACCAUAUCUGCAAGUAGUUGUGCCCACACAUCAGCCAUACACAACACCACAGCCUCUACACCAUCGGCCAGCUUAUGGUGGUGAUUAUAAUUAUGGUGGUUACGCUGGUGGAUAUGGCGGUAAUGCUGGUUAUGCCGGUAAUCCUGGAUAUGGUGGUUACCCUGGUUAUGGCGGCUAUCCGGGCUAUCCGGGCUAUCCGGGCUACGGUGGCUAUCCUGGUUUUGGUGCUUUUUCCGGUUUUGGUGCUUUUCCUGGUUUUGGUGCUUUUCCUGGUUUUGGUGGGUUUCCUGGUUUUGCCUUUGGCGGCAGGUUCCCCGUCCUACUACCUAAUGGCACAAUUGUUUUCGUCGCAACUUCUCGAAGCCUUAAUUUCGGUUCAACGAAAUCUUUCAACAAUCCAAAUCUUGAAGUCAUUGCUGAAGCGGCUGAAGCUGAAAAAUCAGCAAAUGUCAAGGAAGAGGUGAAAGAGAAGUCCUCAAUACCAUUACUUCUUCGCUUAUUUGGUUAAGUUUGGAGAUAAAUAAAAUUUCGUGACAUAAGAAAAUCAAAGUAGCGCUUUUUGGUUACUUUUCUUUUUGCUUGGAAAUGAUCGCAAUCACAAAAUGAUCAAUUGUUUAUGUUGUUAAGAAA